AUGGCCGUGGUUGGUUUUCUUGGCGACAUUGGCGCCAAUGUUACAGAUUAUGGCAAUGAUAUUGGUUCUGGUGGCAGAUCUGUGAAUUCCAUUGGCGUGUUCCGUAUAAUUAUUCAACUUCUUCUAUUGUUUAUUAGAAUAUUUCUCAAGUUAGGCAGUCGUUUACUCCAGCUAGGACAGUCCCGUUUGAAACCUGUAGAGGAGGGGGAUUUUUGUGUUCACACCAGUGUCUUACCUCGCAAUCCGGACUCUGGUUCGUGCUCUCCCAAUGAAUUCAAGGAGACGCUGCUUGAUGAAGUAACCGGGCUAAGCGAGAUAAGCAAGCACUCUUUUGAAGAUAAGCUUUAUGAGAACAUUAUUUCUGCCAUUGAUAUCGUCGACAUCGUUCAUUUUCACGGAUAUAAGAUUCAUGAACAUGUUGUGAGAACAAAAGAUGGUUACCUUCUCUCUAUUCACCGUAUUAUGCCUAAAGAUUGCAGCUCUGCGACGAAUUUGGACGGAAGACCCGUUGUUUACAUGCAACAUGGUCUCCUAACAAACAGUGAGUUGUUUGUACUUGGGGAUACAAGCUCCAGGUGUUUACCAUUUCGUCUUGUGGAUCUUGGCUAUGAUGUUUGGCUGGGAAACAACCGUGGAAAUAAGUACUCGAGAAAGCACCUGGUCUUAUCAGCAGAAGAAAAUAGAUUCUGGGAUUAUUCCAUGGACGAAUUUGCUCUCUUUGAUAUUCCCGAUUCAAUUAACCAUGUCCUAAACGUCACCAAGCAGUCGAAUCUAAGUUAUAUUGGUUUCAGUCAAGGGUCUGCACAGGCCUUGGCGGCUCUCUCGCUAAAUCCAGAGCUAAACUCCAAAAUUAAUGUAUUUAUAGGGUUAUCUCCUGCAUUGAUCCCCAGGGGAUUGAACAAUCCUUUCUGUUCGUUUCUUGCCAACUCUGCACCGGAAUUGUUGUAUGGUUUCUUUGGAAGACGAGCCAUUCUACCUUCGGUCAUCUUCUGGCAGAAGUUGUUUGGUCCAAAGAUCUUUGAGCAGGUGGUGGAUCUUUCGCUUAAGUUUUUGUUCGAUUGGAAGUCUGAGAACAUAAGUCUUACCCAGAAAAAGGUGGGAUAUCCUCACCUGUUUUCGCCAUCUUCGGUGAAGUCUGUAAUUCAUUGGUUCCAGAUCAUCAGCAGUAGAAGAUUCCAGAUGUUUGAUGACGGAGGUUCAUGUGGAUCGAAGUUGGUUUAUCUUAGUGGCGCCGGAACAAAGGCUAAUAGGGUAGCACCUUUUCCUACAAAGACGAUUACAACACCUAUGUUGCUCAUUUACGGGGAAUCAGAUAUGUUAAUCGAUAUUGGGAGGACUCUUGAUGAGCUUUCUUGUAAUGUGGAAGUUAUUGGAAUACCAGGCUAUGAGCAUAUGGACACUUUAUGGGCUAAAGAUGUUGAAACCACUGUUUUCGAUAAGGUGGCCGAGAAAUUAAAUUAUUACAAUGGGACAAUUAAAGAAAAAUACUUAGAACUAUAA